AUGGACGAAAACGCGAGCCGACAAUGUCAAUGUCAUGCAAAACACGCCUCGACAUAAUAAGGAAAGGGAAGAAAUGUGGAAGGUUCUAAUCGGAUGGCUGUAUUCUAAAGAAAUCUCUUGAACAAUAGAUUUUGUAAGAUGCAUCAGUUUAGAGACUAAUAUGUUAGGAAUGAACUUGGCUUGCAGUGAACUACAGUUCUUCCACCGAGGCCUUCCUGCUGUUCUACAUGUGUGCAUUGUCCACCCAGUAGUGGAUGUUAGACCUCGAUGGGAAUCUGAUUGCAGCUGAACUAAAGGUUCAUCUUGUCCUGUUAUGACUGCUUUUGAUGAUCAUUACUAUCAGCAAACUUAUGGUAACCUCUCCGCAACAUUCCAGCCAAAGAGAAUUGCAAAGUACCCCCACAGUUUCCCUCGGUCCCUCCAACGGAUCGCAGAAAUCUCAAGACAAGAAUUUCCACCUUUGCGGACUGCGAAUCUAUAAAUGGGUAUUGUGUUGAUCACGAUCCACUCUGUACAAGUAUUACAGUCUAGUGAGUGAGCCAGGCAUCCUUGCGACACUGCUGCUGCAGAAUUUUGAAUAAUAUCAACCAACGACAGCUUGCAUAUUUAAGACUACAAUUCUGUAUGAAAUUUUCAUUUUGAUUUGAAGAAUGUAGCAAUUCACAAGGAAAAGUGAAACGUUCAGUACUAUGGUAUUGUCAAUUUGCAUUUAUACCGCUUGUUUACUUGUAAUAUCGUACUAUUGAGAAUAAUCUGCUUAUUUAGUUAUAGUACUAUCAAUUGCCAUUGAAUAUUGAUUUUAUUGUGUCUUUUAUAAAUUUUGACAUUGUUUUGUUUGACAACAGCUGUUUACCAUUUUGAAGGAAGUACAUACAUUUUGCAUUACGGGUCAAUCAUGAUUAUAACGCGUAGUAGCAAUACCCAAUUAACAGUCACAGGAACUUCUAGGGUAAAGCGGAAGUCCAUCCACAAGUCCGUUUGCCCUUGCUGUCGCGAACCUGACGUGAAGGUCACUCCAAAAAAGCCAAAGGUUGUUAGAAAAGUUAAGAAGAAAUCUUCUCAUUGCAAUGUUUGUGGGGUGGAUUUUUCUAUUCACACUAACCUGAAGAGACAUAAGAGAGUCCAUACAGGCGAGAAGCCAUUCCCUUGUCAGCAAUGCCAGAAGAAAUUUGCCAACGAGGCCAACAGGACAAGACACGAAAACGGCCAUGCGGGACUGAAGCCGUUUGAAUGCGACGAGUGCGGGAAAACAUUUUCCCGCAAGGAAGGGCUGGCAAACCACGAGAGGAUUCAUUCCAAUUCCCGACCUUAUACGUGCAAGUAUUGCCCGAGGACUUUCCGGCAUAGGUCCCACGUGUGUGCCCACGAGCGCUUUCACACGGGUUACCGUCCUUUUAAGUGCGAGCAGUGCGGCAAGUCCUUCACGCAGAAUGCAGAUCUGAAGGCGCACAUGCGCGUCCAUACCGGGGAACGACCUUUCACGUGCUCCGUCUGUAACAAGUCGUUCACGAGACGACCGAUUCUGAUUCGGCACCAGCUAAUCCACACAGGCCUCCGUCCAUACCACUGCAAGGAAUGCGGGAAGACGUUCCUCCAAGAUACGCACCUGAAACGCCACGCCAUCAUCCACACGAAAGAGAAACCUUUCCAGUGCGAGCAGUGCGGGAUGCGCUUCAACGUCAAGUCCAACCUCCGUGCCCACGAACGCCUCCACCUUGGGUUAAAGUUCACCUGCGACAUAUGCGGGAAGGAGCUCCAGCAUCGCGCAUCUCUCAUCCAGCACCGACGUCUGCACACUGGGGAGCGCCCCUUCGCCUGUAACUACUGCAUGAAGACGUUCAACUCCAGCACUCGCCUCAAGCAACACGUCCGGCUGCAUACUGGCAGCAAACCGUAUGCCUGUGACGUCUGCGGGAAAGCUUUCCGUACUAGCAGCGAUCGGGUGGUUCACAAGCGUAUACACAGUGGCGAGAGACCAUUCUUGUGCAGUGGAUGUGGAAAAGGCUUCAUCAAAACCAGCGCGCUCACAAAACAUAGGAAAUUCCAAUGUGAUGGAGUUUGAUGGUAAUGUUUAUAUAGUAUGUUCUAAAGGAGAAUAAAACCCUGGGAACAAGUUGAAAAGUGUGAGGAAAAAUAAAAAAAUAAUAAAGUUUUGAACAUUUAAGUGUUGACAUCCCUAAUAAAGUGGACAUCCUCCCAUAUUUGUUAUUCUUACAAGUAUUAUGAAAUGGGUCCCGUGGAGUGCAAUCCAUUUUCAACAAUGACAAUCUCUGUUCAGAAAAUAGUUGAUUUUUUAGUCAACCUUAAAAAUAAAAGUAAUACCAACUGAGAUCUAUAUACAUGUAUAUGUAAAAAUGGUGACUGAGACAAAGUCACCCCAGCCACCCCCUCCCACCAGAAAAUUAGCACAAGUUGUGUUCAAGUUGUGCCUCGUUUUAGAUAUUUAAUUUUGGAGUCAGGUGAUAAAAUGUUACAUUCAAUAUAGUUGUUCCUGUGGGCUCACCGAAAAUGGUAGUGUUGUUGCCUACACUCAACUCUCAUCAUGAAGGAGUGCGUUAUCUAGUGGGCUUCACUUUUGAGCACAACUGUACUAUAUACAUCUACAGGGAAGAAGUUUUACCCAUUGAAAGCAACUAAGAAAUGUUGAGAGGGAUAAUGCUUUCUUUUUAACUGCUUGAUAACAUCGCAUACAUUCGUAAUUCCAAAGCUUGGUUGGAUAUUCCGAAGGUUCGGAUAUUCCGAAGGUUCGUAUUUCCGAA